AUGGCCGACGAGACUCUCACCAAGAAGAUCAAGACUUCUUCGCCCUUGAUUGGCACCCACAACGGCCACUUCCACGCUGACGAGGCCCUCGCCGUCUACCUCCUCCGUCAGCUCCCGACCUACUCCGCCUCUGCUCUCGUCCGCACUCGGGAUCCCGCCCAACUGGCCACCUGCCAUACCGUCGUCGAUGUUGGCGGCGAAUAUGACCCCGCCAGCAACCGCUAUGACCAUCACCAGCGGACAUUCGCAACCACCUUCCCCAGCCACCACACCAAGCUCUCGUCCGCCGGCUUAGUGUACAUGCACUUUGGUCGCGCCAUUAUCGCGCAGCACACCUCGUUGCCGUUGGACCACGAAGACGUCACCCUCUUGUAUGAGAAGCUCUACACCGAUUUCAUCGAGGCCAUCGAUGCCAACGACAACGGCGUCUCGGCCUACGAUCCGGCCGCUCUGGCGACUGCCAACAUCGAGAAACGGUUCAAGGAUGGUGGCAUCACCAUUGCCUCCGUCGUGGGCGACAUGAACAACGCCGACCCCACCUGCCCGCCCGGGGAGCCCCAGGACGAGGACAGCCUCUUUGCCCGGGCCAGCACCUUCAUCGGUAACGUGUUCACGCGCAAGUUGCACCACGCGGCCACCUCCUGGUUGCCCGCCCGGACGACCGUCGGCGCCGCCUAUCGCUCCCGCCGCGACGUUCAUCCUUCCGGCCGUAUCAUCGUGCUGCCGCAGGGCGGUGUCCCGUGGAAAGAGCACCUGUACAACUUUGAGCAGGAGGCGUCCGGUGCUGGGGAGCAGAACUCCGAGGAGCAGGUGUACUACGUUCUCUACCCCGAGAGCGCCAAUGAAGGCUCCAAGUGGCGCGUGCAGUGUGUGUCGGUCAGCGAGGGGAGCUUCCAGUCGCGCAAGCCCCUCCCGGAAUCCUGGCGCGGGGUCCGCGACGCGGACCUGGAUGGCGUCAUGGCUGCUGAGGCUGAGAAGACCGGCAAGCCCGCCAUCCCUCAAGGAGCCGUCUUUGUUCACGCGAGCGGCUUCAUUGGUGGGCAUCAGACCAAGGACGGUGCAUUCGCCAUGGCCGCUCGGGGCCUGGAGCAAUAG